UCAAAGCCACUGCGCUCACUCCACUCCACGCUCAGACGCACACGGACACGGCGGGAGCAUAUCCCUCACGGAGCACUGACUAUAUUCCCGCGGAGCGCAGGCACAAACCCCGAGCACGGAGCCGGCGGUGGAUCCAUGUGACACCUGUGGAUGCUGCUAGCGCGCGCCUGAUGUGAGGACUCACCGAGAGGAUUCAUCUGAAAAGAGACACCUUUAAUUCUUCCAUUACGCAUCACAAAGGAUCGUGCUGACGUGCGUAUAGAGCCUUUUAUCGCUGUGCGCUGCAUAGGAAGGAUAUACACUGACUGUGAUUUUCUCUACAAUGCUGCUGUGCGCGUGCGUGCUGCUGCUGCUCGCUGCCGCCUGCGGAGCGUCGUACGUGCCGUGCGAGCCCUGCGACCAGAAAGCGCUGUCCUUGUGUCCGCCCGUGCCCGUGGGCUGUCAGCUGGUCAAGGAGCCGGGCUGCGGCUGCUGUCUGACGUGCGCGCUCGAGGAGGGCCAAGCGUGCGGAGUGUACACCGGACCGUGCACGCGCGGGCUCCGCUGCCUGCCCAAGAACGGCGAGGAGAAGCCUCUGCACGCGCUGCUGCACGGCCGCGGCGUGUGCGCCAACGAGAAGUUGUACAAGCAGCGGUACGGAGCCAAAGACUCCCUGGACGCCCGGAUGCCCAUACCUGAGACCGUGCCCUCCAUCGGCAAGGUGCCCCUAUACGGACUGGACCACAUCAGCAGUCGGAAAGCCCAGGCCAUGAAGCAAGCUAGCGACCGCAGGAAGCAGCUAGCACGCUUGGGACAGGCUAGCCACAUGGACCUGCCCGCGCACGAGAUCAGCAAAUCAGACCCGGAGUUUGGCCCAUGCAGGAGGAGGCUGGACAACCUGAUCCAGAGCAUGAAGGACACAUCCCGGGUGUUCGCUCUGUCCCUGUACCUGCCCAACUGUGACAAGAAGGGCUUCUUCAAACGCAAACAGUGCAAACCUUCCCGCGGCCGUAAGCGUGGCAUCUGCUGGUGCGUGGACAAGUUCGGAGUGAAGAUCCCGGGUAUAAACUAUGCCGGCGGAGACCUGCAGUGCAAAGACCUGGACAAUACUAGCAACAACGAGUGAGCCUUAUAUGGGCCUCGCUCCUCCCACCUGCCAAUCAAGCUAGCACACUCCGACCAAUCAGGAAAGACACACUAUCUAUGUAUGUAUGUUUGUGAGGUGUGUGGACUGAUGUUUUGCUAACCGGGGCUAAGUGAAUUUGUUAGCCCUAUGUUGUACAAUUUUCACCUCAUCUUUAUAUCCAUAAUCCAUAGAGUUCUAUAUUUGUAUAAUGUAAUUGAAAAGUGAAAUAAGUGAAAUAUGAUUUGUAAGUUUUGACAAGACAUUUUUACAUGUGGCUCCGAUAAGGUAUUGUAAAAACUAAACAAGCAAUUAGCAAGCUAGCACUAGCGCAACGACAUAUGGAGUUCAAUUCAUUCCAAUUAGCAAAAAUAGGUUGAGUUGACUUGAUAUUUUUGUGUGCAAACAAAUCGAAACUUUUAUAUAAUCUGAAACGGUUGGGAAAAUGCCAAAAUAGAUAAGAUUUAUGAAAUAUCCAGUGCCAAAAGUUAAAGCGAUGCCAACUCAAAUUAGCAUUUUUUUUAACGUUUAACCUAGCAAGUGUUUUAGUGCCAUUUUUAAGGUAAAUUUAGCAUCAGAAGUUAAAUGCCUUGUAAAAAUCCAACCAGAUAACUCGCAAGAUGAAAGCUGCACUGUGCAUCUUUACGUUUUGAACGAACCAUCAGUUAAAUGAAAAUAAAACAUGAUUUGAACUUUUUACAUAAUAUACAGGGCACUAUUUGGUAUUGUUUAUAAAAGAUUUUACUCCUUUUGGUGUCAUUCAUAUUAAAACACUCUUGCGUCGUGAUUUUAGUGGCCACGUUCGGCUUAUUCCCGGAUUCCCAUACAUUUCGUGACAUAUUAUUUUCCAUAUCUUGUCUAUGGUGAUUGUAUAUGUAUGUACAGUUAUGGUAUGCAUGCUAUCGAAUGUGUUUUUACCCUUACGCUUGACAUUCCCGUGCCCGGACUCAGCCAAAUCUUAUGCAAAAGACCCCUCCACGGUCCUGUCCUGUACCAUGGGGGGUCUCUUGCUACUUCUUCCCAGGCAAAUCCACUCUUUUUCCGGCUAGUCCUCCUCCUGUCUGCAACCAGGUCGCUGAGUUUGUAUGGAAAUCCAAGUGCCUUCUUCCCUGGCCCCGCUUUUAAUAUAUUUGCAUUAUGGGUACAAGCAAAUGGUGGCAGGUUUUCUCGCUAAAAGCACUGCUGCAGAAAAGAUAUGGUUCUAUACGAUUUAUAUCUUGGACACUUUAUGAAAAUAGGUUGUGUUCACGUUCUAGGAUUUGAUGAUGUUAUAAUUUCAGACGGAGUACAGGGACAAUAUAAUGUUUUUGAAAGAAAUAUCCAAACUUAUAAUCCAUGAUCGAACCUUAUUAUUAUGCUACUUGUUUAGCUUCACAAACUUGCCAUAUUAAUCUUAUGCCUUAAAGUCAUUUCAACUGACAACAAUCACGUCGUAAGGGUCGAAUAAUGACAUCACUUCCUAAAGCUGUUGAUACUUUGCACUGACGACACACCAAAUCAAUAUGAGCUUUCACGGUCCUGUUUCAAUAUUAAAAAAAUGUUAGCGUGACUACGUGCUGGCUAACGCUAACGAGCUUGCGACUGUAAUAUUAAUUUAGAGAGAAUUGUUUAACAGCACAAAUCAGCUCACCUGUUGUAGUUCCAGCUAAAUCAGUUCUGGUCAGAUUCUGUUAAAACAAAGCCCCCCCCCCCCCCCAAGGAAUGUUGAUGACCUCAGCUGCGAAGUAUGAGAUGAAAAAUAGUCAGUUAGUGCCAGUUUUUGUUUCAUGUGGAUGGGCCCAGUGAUUACAGAGAUAUUAACCACAAACCAGGUCAACAAAUCUACAAUCUGUAAUUUCCUGCGCUCCAGCUCAGUUUAAACUAUAGGAUUUGUAGAACGUUGUGAUGUAACGUGAACACAACCUAUUAAAUAUAACGACGCAGGCUAAACAGGCCUAUUCUAUGUUUCUUCUUGUUGGUAGCACAUGUAAACAAAGGCGAGAUGACAUAAUGUGAACAUAAUGGUGAAAUAUUUAUCAGGAGUGACGUUGAUGUACUUUUUGUAAUGACAAAGUACUAUUUAAAUAAAGUUCAUGUACCCACUA